UUAUUUGGAAAAUUUUGCAGCGUCCGGACGUACGUCGAUCGCAGAAUUUGUCACUUUUAUUUUUUUUUCUUGUGCGAUUUCGUUCUGCCUGCCAAACGCAGCGACCCAACUGAGGAGCAGGAGUAAAUCCGAUCGGCUCAAGUCGACCGAAUGUCGAAAUGAAGCGUGACGACAGGGCGAAUGUGCUCAGCGCAACGAAAAGUGGGCGCGAGUGAUACCGAGAAACAGAUUCGAUUCCCAAUUUGUCGCGUCGUUCUCUCGAGCUCAAGAGAUCGAAAACAACGCGAAAUAAAAGUGAAAACGUGCAAAAGGCACAGCGCAAACAAAAAAAACAACAACAACAGACUAAACUUUGGUCAGAAUGUGCGACACGGCGGCAACAACAACUACAACAGUUGUGGCAACUACAACGGUGGCUGCAGCGUCGUCGGUGUCUGGCCCUGGAACAAGCCAGAGUCAGGGAACGGCAGCGGCUACAUCAGCGACUGCAGGAGCCACACCGCCAGCUACAACCACAGCGAAACCCGAGCAGCAACAGCGGGCGCGACAAAACUGCUGCCGCCUCUGCAUUGCCCCGGCCUCGGAAUGCAUUUCGAUCAUCAAUAGCUAUGCGGCCGACAAGGAGCCGCUCUCUACAAAAAUCCACAACUGUGUGAACAUCAAGAUAACACCUCAAGAUCGGCUGUCACUGCAGAUCUGUCACGCCUGCAUCAGCUACUUAAACUCGUGGCAGAGCUUUAAGAAUCGCUCGGUGAGCGCACAGACCAAACAGCGUCAGUGGCUGGAGGCCAACAAGAGCAAGCUGCUCAGCUAUUUGGAUUUGAACAGUGCCGAGAAUGGAGGAGGUCAUCAGCAGCACCAACAGAACCAGUCACAGCAGCAGCAUCAGCAGCAUCAUUCGGAGAAUGACAUCGAUUUGGAGAAGCCAUCGGCAGCUCAAAUAUUGGACGGCAUACCAUCGCUGAAGAAACGAAAAUCCCUAACAGUCUAUCCACUGCCCGCUAUACCCAUCAAGGAUGAGCCCAUUGACACCGAUGAUGACUAUCAAAUGAAAUCGUUGGACGAAUCCGAAGACAUGGUCGAUCCCACAAUGUUCCUAGAACGCUCCGAGCACGAGGGCGAUAUACCACUAAUGACCUCCGACUAUGAUUAUACGGCGCAGCAUGGUGUGAAUGCAGAGACAGCGGCCGCCUCGUUGCCGCCUAAUGCUGUGGCUAAUGUGGCCGCCGCCGGGGACUCGAAGGUGGCCAGCUGCCGGGCAUGUAGUCUUCAGUUUUCGACACGUGCCAAUGCCCGUCGCCAUGAGCGGAAUUUGCACCCAAAUCUGUUCCAAUUGUCGACAGACUCGCCCAACAAUACGCCCAUCACAAAGCCCACCCCGGCACUGGCGGCAGCACUGGAGAUACAGCGUGCCGCCGCCGAGGCGGCCACCGAGGAGGCCAGCAAGGCUGCCGGCGCUGCCGGUGGCAAUAUAUCGACCCAAAAAUAUCGCCAGGUGGUUAUGAAUGCCUUCAUCAAGUGCGAGGGCGGUGGCUUCAACUACGACAGUCCCGAGCAAUAUCAGCCGCUGCUCACCCGCGACAAGGUGGAGUUUAUCGAGCAGAAUUACGAAUUCCUCGAGCAGUACCAGACGAUGACAUGCCGCUGCUGCGAAAAAUACUUUACUACGUACAAGAACUUUAUGGCGCAUGUGCGUAAGAAGUAUCCGCUGUUGCCGCGUAAUCUCUGCUUCAACUGCCUCAAGAUGAACGAAUCGAAGGCGCUCUUCAUAUCGCAUCUCAAGAAGCGCAACUGCAUCAAUCUGUAUCGUGUGCUGAACGCACUGCGCGGCAAGCAGCCCAAUUUCCAUCCCUCAACGUCUGACAUGGGAUCGUUUGGUGGCGAGACGAGCAACGCAGCGAUUACCAGUCCCACUGUCGUGGUGCCACUGCUGAUGGAUAACAGCUCGAGCGGCGAGAGGCCAGAGAAGCUGCGCGCCAAGGAGCUGCUGGUGAAUAAGCUUUACGAGUGCAAGCUCUGCCCGAAGGGUUUCCGCACCAAGCACGAGUUCCGCACUCAUGUGUACGACAAGCAUGCGGACGUGCAGCGCAAGGACAACAAUUCGAUUCAGUGCAGCUUCUGUGGCCUGGACUUUGCAGAUCCCGUGGACAGGCGACGGCACUACAACAACAUGGACUGCAUUGUCCGGCUGCGCUGCAUGACGUGCGAUGCGAAAGUGGAGACGCAUCAGCGUUUCCUCGAUCAUGUCUAUCAGGAUCAUUUGGGUGGCAUCAGCAGCGACAAUGCCUCCACGGCGAGCGGAUUGGUCGGCAGCAGCAGCAGCAUUGAAAACUCACCUGGCAAGCGGAGUCUAUUGGGUGCCCUUGGUAUUGGUGUUUGCUCUCCCGCCGAUGAGUCACGCAGCGGCAGUGCAGCAGCGGGAGCAGGAGGAUCAGCAGGGGCAGCACCCAAUCAAACCUCAACGCCAAAGCCAACAUCGGGAGGUGGUGGAGUCGCGUGCACAACACCUGGCGGCAGCGGCGGCUCCCUAAAUCGUGACAGCGCUCCCAAGUCGCAGUAUUUCUCACGCAUGCCACAGGUAUGCCCCAUCUGUGGGCAGCAGUACAACAACUACAACAACGUGCUGCGGCACAUGGAAUCGAAGCAUCCAAACAAACUGCCCGAAACAUACAAAUGCGUACGCUGCGGCCUGGGCUAUCCACGAAUCUCGUAUCUCCGCGAGCACAUGAUCAAUGUGCAUGGCGUGGACAAGAAUCGUCAUUCCGGUGGCUUUGAGUAUAUUGUGAAUGCGGAUGCCGUCAAGCUGGCCGAUGGCAGUACACCGAACGUGUCCACGGGUCGCUACGACUACGUGAUGAAGGAUCUGAUGUCAAUAACAAAUGGUGGGACACUCGAUGACGACGAGGAGGAGACUGGCAGCGUGGCCAAGAAGAUACGCCUGGAUGAUAGCAGCAAUAACAGCAGCCUGGUGGGUGGCGUGGCCAGCCAGCAAAAGGAAUGCCCCAUCUGCAAUGCGCUUUUUAGCAACAAUAUUGGCCUGUCCAAUCACAUGCGCUCCCACUACACGGCCUCGAAUUCGGUGAAUGCCGCCCUGGUGGCUGCCAAUCGCAUGACACCCAAGUCGCUGACGAUAACCGCCACACCAGCCACAGAGACGGUCACCUCAGCGACAGCCUCACUCGAUGUGGAGGAUGAUGAGGCUCUUAUAGCGCUUGAAAAGGCAAAGAUAAUGGCCAGCGUGAACGCUGCCAGAGCGGCUAGAGUUGCUAGUGCUGCUUCUGGGGCUUCUGCAUCUUCUGUGCCGCCUGCCAUGGCCAAUCAGACGCCCCAGGAGCAGGCUGUCUUUCGUCGCAGCUUGGAUCAGGCGGCGGAUCGUCGCUUCCGACGCAUGCGCUGCCGCAUUUGUCAGCGGCGUUUUAGCUCCAAGAAAUCGUAUCGCUAUCACAUGCUCACCGACCAUCAGGUGCAGAAUGUGCAGUUCAUCAAAUGCAAGCUGUGCAAUGCAGAGUUCGCCUACGAAAAGGGCCUGAAGGUGCAUCUGUUCAAGGUGCAUGGCCGUGCGAUCAAGGACGAGAUGAUUGUGAAGCAGUUCGAGUGCGAUGUCUGCUCGAUUGUGUACAGCUCGGAGCUGGAGCUGAAGCAGCACAAGAAGAGUGUCCAUAAGUUCACAUCAUCCGUGUCGGUGUCGGCAUCCGCCUCGGCAUCGGCCUCUGUCUCUGCCUCUGCGUCAACAUCCUCGAAAAUGGAUGACGAUUCAAUGAUGCUGGAGGAUAUGGGUGGCAAUAGAAGCCGCCACCAUCAACAUCAGCACCACAGCAGCAAGGCGUCUGCCGAUUCGGUCGAUCAGUCCAUAAUUUCUGGUGCGGCUGCCACAGCCACAACGACGCCGCUGUAUUGGUACCAAUGCAAAUACUGUCCCUCUAACUUUAACACAAACAAGAAGCUGGCCAUCCACAUUAACUCGCACGACGAGUUCGAUUCGAAUGAUUAUUCGUGCAAGGACUGCGGCAAUGUCUACAGCGGCCGCAAGAGUCUUUGGGUUCAUCGCUACAAAAAGCAUCCGCAGGUGCCCGAUCCCAUUGAGUGCACGCUGUGCCGCAAGGUGUUCUUCGAUCAUCAGAUGCUGGACAAUCAUACGCCAACCUGCAACCGCAAGCCGAUUACCGCCACUGGGGCGCAUCAGCAGGAGCUGCUGACGCAGGCAAAUCAAUCGCAGGGUCGUGCCGUAUUCCGACACAAGACUGGGGACGAUGAUGAUGAGGAAGACAUGCAGCAGCAUCACCAACAGCAACAGGAUGCAGGCGAUGCAGUGGCAACAGUGACAGCAGCAACUGCUGCAGCGGCAGCCACAUCGAGUGGUGGCAGUAGCAAAAAGAUGCGCAUACCGGAGGUGGCAUGCACCAUUUGUGGUGCACGCUUCACCGAUCAGGAGCACUUUAGCAAGCACAUACAGAAGCAUGAGCAGGAUCUGUAUGUGGAUAACCCAUUGGCGGCAAUGUUCGAUGAUGGGCCAGCGGAUGCGGCACAGUUAAAGAUCGAGGGCCAGAACGAGAACGGGGAAUAUGCGUGCGAUAUGUGCACGAAGACAUUCCCCCAGGUGAUUGCACUCAAAGUGCAUCACAAGUGGCAUUUCAGAGGUGAUAGCAAGCAGAACCACAUCGACAGCGAAACGACGAAUAUCAACAACAACAACAACAAUUCGGUGAACAACUCCACAUCGAUGCUACGGGAGCUGCAUGCAGUGGGUCUGACGCCCAAUCAACAGCAGCAGCAGCAGCAUCAGAGCCAACAGCAGAAUUCCACGUCCACGCCGAACAACAACAACAGGAGCAGCAGCAACAACAACAACAACAGCAGCAGCACCAAGAGCAAAUCGAUGAAACGUAAACGUGAAUUGAAAUGCGAAUACUGCCCAUCGACCUUCAUCAGUAACAACAACCUGCGACGACAUAUGUAUGAGCUGCACAAGCAUGAGGUGAGUAGCCUGCCAGCACCGCCAGUGAUUGUGGUAGAUGAGCCGCUCAGCUGCCGACGCUGUGGCGACAUUCAAUUCGAGACAAAAGAACUGUGGAUCGAGCAUAAGCUGGCCGAUGCGAAGGUGGUUCGACCCUUUUGUCCCUUCCAAUGGGGCUGUGACAUGUGCGGCGAGUACUUGUCGCGCAAAGAGAAGCUCAUGAAUCACAUCAAUAAUCAUUUGAAGGAGGAUGUCAUUGUGCCAGUGGCCACACAAGCGGCCAUUGACAGAGAACGUGCAGCAUCCUCAUCAGAGGCAACAACAUCCAAAGCAACAUCAGCAUCCGUGUUGGUUGAGCAGAAGCCAACCGGCACAGCGUUGCAAAAGAAAACGGAAGAGAAUGGUGGACUGGAUGCAGCGGUGGCGACAGCGGCAGAGUCGGUGAAGGCAGGCGAAGAUGAUAGCGAAAUGGAGGAUGUCGACAGUUCAGACGCUGAUGAAGAAAGCUCUGGCACAGGGGAUGAGGAAGACGACGAUGAUGAUGAUGGCGGAGAGGACGAUGAAGAUGACGAUGAUGAAGAAGAUGAGCUGCAGGACGACGACGACGAUGAUGAUGAAGAAGAAGAGGGUGAGGGUGAAGAUGAAGAAGGGGUCCCCCCACCAACACCUGCCGCACAAUUGUUGCAACACAAACAGCCACAACAACAACAACAACAACACAAAGCCAAUAACAAUAGUAUUGACAAUGUUGAUGAUCUCGUUGAGGAAGUGAACAGCUCUGAUGAUGAGGAAGCCGAUGUCGAAGUAGGGAGCGAAAGUCAAACCCAAAGCGAUGAAGACGAUGACGAUGAAGAAGAUGAUGAAGCUGACAUUAGUGAGGAGGAGGAGGGUGAGGAGCUGGGCUCGGCACAGCCCCUGACUAAUGGCAAGUCGAAUGAGCAUAAUGCGACGCCCCAACAGCAAAUGGAGCAAAUUUUGCCCAGCUCUGACGAGGAAGGCGAGAACGAGAACGACAACGACAACGACAACGUAGAGGAAGAUGGUGGCAAUGCAGAUGGUCAUACAUUGGCCAUUGAGGACAUUAUUGAAGAAGAAUAUGAUGAAGACGAUGAUAUGGAGGAGGUAUACGAUGAUCAGAAUGCUGAUGGUGGUGCCACAUCGUCGGUAUCAUCCUCAGAGAGCGAAUCAACAUCCUCGACCACAUCCAAUUCGCAUUCAACUGGUGAGCGGCGUAAGAAGGCUGGCGGCGAUGAGUCGUCAAAUCCCAGCUUUACCUGUGAUCUAUGUCAACUUUGUUUCGAUUCCCAGGAGCUUCUGCAGUCUCACAUCAAAAGUCAUUUUCGCAAUGCCCCAAAAAUCUCAGCCAAAUCAACCGCAACGGCCACGGUAACGACGGUGGCAUCGGCGACGACUGUUCCCAGUAGUUGUAACAACAAUGCCUCGACCAAAUCCUCCUUAAAGCACUCUCCCGCAGCGGCCAGCGGUGGCAGCAGUAGCAAUUGAGGGUACUCGUAUUAACACAGUCCAAAGAUUGUCCACCAUCAACCUCGUCAGAGUUGCCACUUGAACCAAUUUGUACAAAGCCAGCCAGAUAGAGGCAGGAGCUGUGAAGAACCCAGCCCUUCUCCCUCCUCGCCCCCAUUAGCGUCAUCUUCAUCAUCUUAAAAUCUAUCAUCGCCACACAAAAACACAAUAUGAUCAUAAGAGAAAAACGCAUUCCACGCAUACAACAAGCAGCAGCAGAUGCAGAUGCAACACAUUUAUGUAUAGAGAGAGAGAGAGAGAGGGGUGGGAAUUGCGUGCGUGUGUGCCACCACAUAGUAGAGUUUCUUCUUGCUUCUAGUCUUAAGGCAUACCUUAUACAACAUAAUACAUAUACAUUUAUAUAGAUUUAUAUAUCAACGUAAACUAUCUAAGAGAAAUAAGAUCUUUUUUUUUUACAAUGUUGAACUAGUUUUUACCCACGCACGCACGCACGUACAUACACAAAAAAACACACACACACACACGAAAGAGCACUGGGAGGUAGGACGCAUAUUUUAGCUAUACGAUUUUUUGCUUAGAUAACCUAUAUAUAUAUAUCAAAUAUAUAGCGUACAGAUAUAAGCAACUACAUAUGUAGGAAGUACGUGCGAACAAACACCUCAAUUAUUAAGCAAACGUUUAUGACUCACCAAA